AUGGGAUGCUCAUUCUCAUCAGAAGAAUUAAAAGAACAAAGACGCAUCAACAAUGAAAUUAAUCAACAAAUAAGACGAGAAAGACGUGAGUCAAUGCGUGAACGGAAACUCCUUCUUCUCGGUACUGGUGAGUCUGGCAAGUCAACAUUCAUCAAACAGAUGCGUAUUAUUCACGGAAGUGGCUACUCAGACGAUGACAAACGUUCAUUUAUAAAAUUAAUUUAUCAAAACAUUUCUAUGGCAAUGCAGUCAAUGAUUCAUGCUAUGGAAUCACUAAAAAUUGAGUAUAGUGACGAAAAAAAUAUAGAAAAAGCCCAGCAGAUACUUAGUCAUGACCUUACACCAGCACAAAAUGUUCAACUAUCAUUAAUGAGCUCAAUAAAGGAACUUUGGGCUGAUGCAGGCAUUCAGGAAUGUUAUGAGCGACGACGAGAAUAUCAAUUGAUAGAUUCAGCAAAAUAUUAUCUUAAUGACCUAGAACGGAUUGAAAAGGAUGAUUACUUACCCACGGAACAGGAUUUAUUGCGCGCACGAGUCCCAACAACAGGAAUUAUUGAGUAUAAAUUUAAAUUAGACAAUAUUUAUUUUAGAAUUGUUGAUGUAGGUGGACAAAGAUCUGAGAGAAGGAAGUGGAUUCACUGUUUUGAAAAUGUCACUUCCAUUAUUUUCAUAUCAGCACUGUCUGAGUAUGAUCAAGUUCUAUUUGAGUCUAGUGAUGUCAAUCGAUUAGAAGAGUCGAUGGCUUUAUUUAAGACAUUAAUCACCAGCAAUUGGUUCCAAGAGUCAUCAGUACUUCUGUUUCUAAAUAAGAAGGAUUUACUGCAAGAAAAAAUCAUGAAUUCACAUUUGGAUGACUACUUUCCUGAGUUUUAUGGACCCAGGAAAGAUAUCAUUGCUGCUAGAAACUUUAUCCUGCAAAUGUUUGUGAAUUUAAAUCCUGACGAGGACAAAACUAUUUAUUCACACUUUACAUGCGCAACAGACACUGAAAACAUGAAGUUUGUAUCUGCAGCAGUUAAGGAUACGAUAUUACAGAGUAAUAUAUCAACUUAUUUACCCAUGUAG